CUCCGCAGAGUUCUUAGGGCCGGCUCUGCGCCCUGGCCGCAGACACGGGGUUGUCGUCGCCUGGGUGUCUGUCACUUCUGUCGCCACCUCGCCCGUCACCGCCACCGGUCGCCACCAUGAACCCCGACCUGCGCAAGGAGCGGGCCGCCGCCACCUUCGAUCCGGAGCUGGUCACGCACAUCUUGGAUGGCAGUCCGGAGAACACCCGGCGCCGCCGAGAGAUCGAGAACAUGAUCCUGAACGACCCAGACUUCCAGCACGAAGACUAUAACUUCCUCACUCGCAGCCAGCGCUACGAGGUGGCUGUUAAGAAGAGUGCCACCAUGGUGAAGAAGAUGAGGGAGUUUGGCAUCUCAGACCCUGAAGAAAUCAUGUGGUUUAAGAAACUACAUUUGGUCAAUUUUGUGGAGCCUGUGGGCCUCAAUUACUCCAUGUUUAUUCCUACCUUGCUGAAUCAGGGCACCGCCGCUCAGCAAGAGAAAUGGAUACGUCCGUCCCAAGAACUCCAGAUAAUUGGUACCUACGCCCAGACGGAGAUGGGCCACGGGACUCACCUUCGAGGCCUGGAGACUACAGCCACAUACGACCCCAAAACCCAGGAGUUCAUUCUCAACAGCCCUACUGUGACUUCUAUUAAGUGGUGGCCUGGGGGGCUUGGGAAGACUUCCAAUCAUGCAAUAGUUCUUGCUCAGCUCAUCACUCAAGGGGAGUGCUAUGGGUUACAUGCCUUUGUUGUCCCUAUCCGUGAAAUUGGGACCCACAAGCCUCUGCCAGGUAUUACUGUUGGGGAUAUUGGCCCCAAAUUUGGUUAUGAAGAGAUGGAUAAUGGCUACCUGAAGAUGGACAAUUACCGUAUUCCUAGAGAGAACAUGCUGAUGAAAUAUGCCCAGGUGAAGCCCGAUGGCACGUAUGUGAAACCCUUGAAUAACAAGCUGACGUAUGGGACCAUGGUGUUCGUCAGGUCCUUCCUCGUGGGAGAUGCAGCUCGGUGUCUGUCCAAGGCUUGCACCAUCGCCAUACGCUACAGUGCCGUGAGGCACCAGUCUGAAAUCAAGCCAGGUGAACCAGAACCACAGAUUUUGGAUUUUCAAACCCAGCAGUAUAAACUCUUCCCUCUGCUGGCCACUGCCUAUGCCUUCCACUUUGUAGGAAGGUACAUGAAGGAGACCUACCUUCGAAUCAAUGAGAGCAUUGGUCAAGGAGACCUGAGUGAGCUACCUGAGCUUCACGCCCUGACUGCUGGGCUUAAGGCUUUUACUACCUGGACAGCCAAUGCUGGUAUUGAAGAAUGUCGGAUGGCUUGUGGUGGACAUGGCUAUUCUCACAGCAGCGGAAUUCCAAAUAUUUAUGUCACUUUUACCCCAGCCUGCACCUUCGAGGGAGAAAACACUGUCAUGAUGCUUCAGACAGCCAGGUUCUUGAUGAAAACCUAUGACCAGGUGCACUCUGGGAAGCUGGUGGGUGGCAUGGUGUCCUACUUGAAUGACCUGCCCAGUCAGCGUAUCCAACCACAACAGGUGGCAGUCUGGCCAACCCUGGUGGACAUCAACAACCUGGACAGCCUGACUGAAGCCUACAAGCUUCGUGCAGCCAGAUUGGUAGAAAUUGCUGCAAGAAACCUCCAGACUCACGUGAGCCGCAGGAAGAGCAAGGAAGUAGCAUGGAACCUGACUUCUGUCGACCUCGUUCGGGCGAGUGAGGCCCAUUGCCACUAUGUGGCAGUUAAGCUGUUUUCAGAGAAACUCCUCAAGAUCCAAGACAAAGCCGUCCAGGCUGUCCUGCGGAAUCUGUGUUUCUUAUAUUCUCUCUAUGGGAUCAGCCAGAAGGGAGGAGAUUUUCUUGAGGGGAACAUCAUCACUGCAGCUCAGAUGUCACAAGUAAACAGCCGGAUCCUGGAAUUGCUCACACUAAUCCGGCCCAAUGCCGUUGCUCUGGUGGACGCCUUUGACUUUAAGGAUAUGGCGCUCGGCUCUGUUCUUGGCCGCUAUGAUGGGAACGUGUAUGAAAACUUGUUUGAGUGGGCCAAGAAAUCCCCACUGAACAAAACGGAGGUCCACGAGUCUUACUACAAGCACUUGAAGCCCCUGCAGUCCAAGCUUUGAACUUCCCCAGGGAGAGGUCUGACUUGCUCCAGAGAUCAUCGGGAAAUCUCUUCCUUGAUUCACUAAUCCUUGUGAAAUCUUCAUCAAAUUUGUGUAGCUAUAGAGCAACUGGUGGAUUGGCCUUUUUCGUCUCUAAGAGAAAUGAGCAGACUGUAGAGAUGAAAUGAGAAAUUCCGUAUGCUUUGAGUGCAGUAACAGACUCUUAGGUACUCAGAGGGCUGGCUUCACAGCUGUGGUCUGACCUCCACCUGUGCUGCUAAUCCCAGUAGGCCGUCAGCAAUUAGCGGGGUUUACUUCUAAAUCCUUAGUUAUUGUCACAUUUUUACUGCUAAUCACUGGAUAUAUGUUUUCUAAAGCAAAGGUGUUUUAUAAGGUGGAACUUUCCAGGUUUUCCAGCCUAAAUAAUCUACACUAAAAAGGCGUUGGGAGCCUGAAACUAAUAGGAGCCCUGAUGUGGGUGCAGCUGGUACAUCCGUAGCCGCUGCUGCCUGCUGUGCGGAUGUGUACUCUGAACUUUAUCAUUAACACAGCCAACACACACCCACCUAGGAACCAUAAGCCCUUGCUGGAAUGGCCAUCUGUCCGGGCUCUAACUUUCCUGGUCAUAGCACUAUUGCACCUUGUCCCUUGCUUGUGACAUAGUUAGGCACAGUUAUCUUUUCUUAUUUGGCCAUUGCCUGGACUUCAGUCCUGGUGGCUGGUGUCCUCCCUUUCCUGCUUGCCCUUUGAAAGAGAUACUAAAGACGGUGACUAUGCUUUCCUUGUAGGUUAAGUGGAGGGAGAGCCCUCAGCUGUGGCACUGCUGUAUUUUGGUGACUUCAUUAAGUAAAAUUCCUGGGACAAUCCAGAUUUGAUUCCUUUGUCUUGUGGUAAGCUGUUAAAAUGCUUGGUGGUCAAGUAUUUGGCAUAUAAAAGUAAAUCACUCAGGUCACCUUUAACAACCAGAAAUAACAGAAAACCCUUUGCCACAGCUAUGCACUGUGGUUUCUAGUUCAGGAGAUAUAAUCAUUGGUGCAGGCCAAGGAUGAACAGAGGUCGCAGCUAGUUCCUUGCUGCUGAGUACUUGGCUUUGUGGUGUUAGCAUCCUUACCUAGCAGGUCAAACAGCCCCUUCAGUUGCAGUCUAGUUUCUACAAUCAUUGUGCUUAAAGGUGAAAUAUACCCUUUGUGUGGGGUGGGGUGUGUGUGUGUGUGUGCACGUGCAUUUUUUGUAUGGUGAUUUUGUUUGUUUUGAGAUGGGCCCAGACUGACCUUGAACUCUUGAUCCUCAGUCUCCUGAGUGCUGGUAUUAUAGGUAUGUGCCACCAUGCCUGGAUAAUAGGGACUCUUUGUUCUUAAAAUCACAGAGAAGGCAUUUUAACCUGUUAACCCUGUACCCAUGGUAUUUGCAUCAUGAAGACAAUUGAGGACAUUAUACUGUUGAGAAUAUAGUAUAAUGAAGUAGAAAUAAUGUCUUCACACCUGACAUAAAACCAGUCCCAGGGCAGUUGAUAACAUUAGAUUUGUUGACACAAAGCCUUAACCUUUCUCCUGGAACAACUGAUAACUGCUUAUGAUUGAACAUUAGCACUAUGUCACCUCAUUUGGGUUUCUAUUGACAACACUUCAUAUUCUUGAAAAUAAGAAAUAAAUCUAAAUGACUGGA